UUCUUGACCUACGUCGUAACAUUGGGUCUCACUUCCGGUCAAGAGAAGAUACUCUGUGGCGACUUGAUGUUCAGCGGACACACCGUUGUACUUACAAUCAUGUACUUCGUGCAGCUUCAGUAUACCCCCAGGGGAUAUCUGGCCGCUCCAAUAACUUUUCUUGGUAUAAGUGCACUAGUGGUUUCUGGAGGUCACUACACAAUGGACGUUCUCAUUGCGUAUUGGUUGACAAGUCAUGUAUUUUGGGCUUAUCAUCAGAUGUUCGAGAUGCCAAAAAAAGAUAGGCCUGAUGCGCCAAUGAGUAGGCUUUGGUGGUUUUGGCUCUGCUACUGGUUUGAAUCUGAUGUCGCUGAAGGACGACUAGUAAAUCGCUGGGAUUGGCCAUUUGAAGGACCACAAGUGAUGCAUGACUUGAUGCGGCGAGUGAACAGAAUUCUUGAGUAA